AGCAGAAUGAGGGAACCCUGGACGUACCUGCUGUGCUGGUGCCUCCUGGCAUGUUCAGCGUCCUCGCACAAUUCCAACAACCCAUUCGCAGGGCAGCAGACCCCCGCAGAUCCUUGCUACGAUGACGCCGGGGCAGCCCGCCGAUGCAUCCCUGAGUUUAUCAACGCAGCUUUUGGCAAAGAGGUGACCGUAUCCAGCAUGUGCGGCCGCCCGCCAUCCCGUUCGUGCAGCGUGGUGGAGCGCGGCGAUGAUCGGCCCUCGGUUCGGGCGUGCCAAAUCUGUGACGCCGCCGACCCUCGUCGGUCCCACCCAGCUUCCUACCUCACCGAUCUCAACUCGGCUCACAACCUGACUUGCUGGCAGUCAGAAAACCUCAACACCUCGCCGUACAACGUGACUCUUACUCUUUCUCUGGGGAAAAAGUUUGAGAUCACCUAUGUGAGUUUGCAGUUCUGCUCACCUAGGCCUGAGUCGCUGGCCAUCUACAAGAGCAUGGACUACGGCAAAACCUGGAUGCCUUACCAGUUCUACUCAUCACAAUGUCGGCGCGUGUACAAUCGGCCCAACAAAGCCACCAUUACGAAGCAGAAUGAACAAGAAGCUUUGUGUACUGAUGGCCACACUGACCUCUACCCACUUUCUGGAGGACUCAUUGCCUUCAGUACUUUGGAUGGACGACCAUCAGGCAAAGACUUUGACAACAGCCCAGUCCUUCAGGACUGGGUGACCGUCACUGAUAUCCGUGUGGUCUUCAGUCGUCCCCAGCAGUCGCGGGAGCUGGGACUCCCUGCCGGAGGCAACGGCGGUGGAGGGCGAGACGAAGACCCCUUGGCAGUUACCUCUACCCUGCCACCAUACUUCUAUGCUGUAGGUGAUUUCCAGGUGGGCGGAAGGUGCAAGUGUAACGGCCACGGGUCCCGCUGCCUGAAAGACAAGGAGGGCAAGCUGGUGUGUGACUGCAAACACAACACGGAAGGACCCGAAUGUGACCGCUGUAAGCCCUUUCAUUACGACCGGCCGUGGCAGAGAGCUAGCGCUCGCGAGGCCAACGAGUGUCUGCCAUGUAACUGCAAUCUGCAUGCCCGGCGCUGUCGCUUCAACAUGGAACUGUACAAGCUCUCUGGGAGAAAGAGCGGUGGGGUGUGCAUGAACUGCCGUCACAACACCGCCGGCCGCCACUGCCACUACUGCAAGGAGGGCUUUUACCGAGACAUGGCCCGACCCAUCACUCACCGAAGGGCUUGCAAGGCCUGUGACUGCCACCCUGUAGGAGCAGCGGGUAAGACGUGCAACCAGACUACAGGUCAGUGUCCCUGCAAGGAUGGUGUCACCGGCAUCACCUGUAAUCGCUGCGCCAAAGGCUACCAGCAGAGCCGUUCCCCCGUCGCCCCCUGCAUCAAGAUCCCCGUGGUGAACCCCACAGCUGUGGUGAGCAGCACAGAGGAGCCAGCAGACUGUGAGUCCUACUGCAAACCGGUGAAGGGCAACCUGAAGAUCAACAUGAAGAAAUAUUGUAAAAAGGAUUAUGCUGUUCAAGUGAACGUGCUGGACAUGGAGACGGUGGGUGACUGGGCCAAGUUUUCCGUCAACGUCAUGUCGGUGUACAAGAGUCGUGGCGAGCCCUUAAAGCGCGGGGACAAUAUCCUUUGGGUGCACAUGAAGGACCUGGCCUGCAAAUGUCCCAAGAUCCAGAUGAGCAAGCGCUUUCUGGUUAUGGGCGGUAUCGACGGCGGCGCCAGCCCAGGGACGGCUUCGGGACCGGGUGUCGGGCCUGGCGGGGGAGCCUCCAACCCGGGAGCAGAACGCGUGGGCCUCCUAGCUGAUAAGAACAGCUUGGUGAUCCAAUGGAGGGACGUUUGGACGAGACGACUGAGGAAGUUCCAGCGCAAAGAGAAGAAGGGGAAGUGCGGCAAAGCAUGA